UCGGUCAGACACUCUACCAGGAGACGGAUAUAGGCUGUUUAAAAUACUGACCACUGGUCAGAAGUCUAUAUACAUAGUAAGUGCUGGGUAGUUGUCACCUGUGUGAGUGCCGAACUGUCUAGAAAUCAAAGAAUGUGCCAUGGAUGAAUAAGCUUGUAUUGUUUGGUUGAACAAUCCACCACGAGACCAAAAAUGUACUGUGUUAACAAUCAACGGCCCAUGAACCGGCCUGGACUUCAUACCCCUCACCAAAACACACCUGGAGUCUCCACAUUGACAGUAGGACAGUCUACCAGCAAAGUACGCCCAGUAAAUCUGGUGAGAGAGUCCCUUCGGAGUAACAUCAGUGCUAUCCGAGAUUCUAUCCGGAGUUCUGCAAGUUCACAAGGUCGUAAGACUCCUGUCGAUAUAGCAUCACUUCCUGGGGGUAAAACAUCCAGUCUUAAGGAUCCCUGUGAGGAUGUGGUAAGGACCGAGGACUUUGAUCUGGAUGAUGCUGUGACGUGUACAUCAACUUCCACCAUCAAAGAUCUAUUUCAAGAUCAGGUAGACACUGUCCCGGUGAGGGACCAGCCGGACGGAGAAAUGCAGGGCUAUUUCAACAGCACACCCCUUAUUGUUCCCCGUCACUCCCCGAUGCGGGGAUCCUGGCAGGAUGCCAAGAUUACAGUCUUCCCGGACAAUGACAGUGGAUUCAGCUCCAUGAAGAGAUCAUUCAAUUCUGGGGACGACAUGGCAAUCACACCUCGUCUCAGUUCAGGUCCAAUGGUGCGGUCACAGUCUAUGAACAGGCUGAACGGCUCGUUCCUGUCUCAGGACUUAACUCACCUGUCUAGUCAAUACAACCCUAACCUGGACCGGUCCCUUCAGACGAUGAGUAACUCUCUAGAGGACAGUGAGAACAGAAGAUGUGUACUGAUGCACAAACUCAAGGAGGCACAGGAUACAUUGGAGCUCCAAAGUGAAAGACUAGGGAAGAUAGAGAACUCAGCCAAAGGAAACACAAUUUUAGUAGAGGACCUUAAAUUUAAAGAAAUGGAAUAUAGAAAGAAAAUAAGAAUGUUAGAAGAGGCAGAACAAGAUAAAGAUAUACUCAAGAUGGAAAACAUAAGACUCCGACAAGAAAUGCAGGACAGAAUAGACAAGUUAGAUUUUGCCCUGCGGUCAUUACAAGCCCAGCACAUGGUGGCCGAGACGGACAACCAGAAGAGAAUAAACCUUCUUGACCAGUCUACAAAAGCACUGACAAUGUUGGAGUCUGAAAACCAGAAACUCCAACAGGAUAAAGGAACGCUUUCACGAGAAUUAAAUAUUUCUAAGGAGAGCAUGAGGUUAGCCAAGGAGAGGUUUGAACCACUAGAGGCGGACAAUAAAAAUCUAAGGAUGGACAUUCUCAGACUCAAAGAGGAAAAUGCUGAUCUCACAAGGAAACUAGCUGAGCUAACGGGUCAGUUGUCCGAACUCAGAGCACUGACCAACUCAAUGAAAGAGGAAAAUGAGAAACUUGCUUCUUCCUGGAAAUCAAUAGCAGAUGAGAAGCAAUCUCUGGCAAAGAAGUUGAACAAUCACAAGUCGAAAGCUACAGAUAUGCAGGCCAAGGCCUCCAGUGCCACUGUGGAAAAAGACAGACUCUUCCAAGAAAAGAUGGACCUCAACAACAAAUUCCAACAACUCCUCAUCAACAAAGAUCAGCUGGAUCGGGCCAAUGGUGUAAUGCAGGAACAGAUGAACGACCUUCAGGAUGAGGUGGACAGGGUUAAGAAAACAGUGAAGAAAAAGGAUAUGGAGAAAAAUGCUUUGGAUGAAAAUCUGCAAGACAUGAAACAGGUGAACCAGGAGAUUACAUCAGACCUGGCAUCAGUAAAAGCCUACUAUGAGCGAGCCCUGGAACAGAUCAGCACGCUGGAAAACAGCAAAAAAAUGUCAUCACAGCAACAGGACUUCGCCAACCAAGAGAAGGAACGACUGAGGAUGGAGGUAGAGAGACUUAGCAAGCGUGUUCUAUCCAUGGAAUAUUACAACAAAAUGUUGAUCCAAGAUGUGAUGGCAGAUGGUAAAUCAAAGGAUAUGAAACGUGAAAGAGAAGAAUUUGAUGACACCAUUCAAGCUCUCAAGAAUGAGUUGAGAGAACUCCGCCAUGAAAAUUCACAUUUCCAUAACAAGAAUCAAGAGUUAGAGACAAAAUUGCGCAAAGCUAAUGAAGACAUCCGGUCAUCGACCAUGGCUACACAGGAGGAGCUGGACACUUGGAAGGAUACAUGUGAUCGCUUAACUGCCUCAGUCCACAAGAAAGAGUCAGAAAUACAGGCCUUGAUGGACCGAUGUGAAGACCUGGACGAAAUUAGUUCAAAGGCGAAGACUGAAAAUAGGGCCCUGAAGGAGGAAUGUGAUACUCUGUCUGAACAACAGGAAAACAUUACAAAAUUGAAAGCAGAAAACAGGAAGUUGAUACAAGAGACUGCAGAGAAUGAGCAGAUGAUAAAACUAUUGGAAACUCAGAAGGAAGUCCUAACAAAGAGUUCAGAAAAUAGUUUAGCCAAACUUCACGAUAUUGAUCAACUCACAGGAAAAGUGGAACAAUUAAGAAAUGAGAAUGAACAUUUCAGGGACAGAGUCUUAGAACUCGAAAGCGUACGAGACAAUCUGAUAAGUCAGAAGGAAGAACUACUGGCAAGUACUGAGUUGAUAUACAAAAAGCCGCGACUGGAAGACCUUGAGAACAAGGUUGAAGAGCUGCAGCAAGCUAACAAGCAGUUAAGGGAUAUGAACGAGUCCAUGAACAAUCAGUUUGAAAACCUAGAACAGACCACGGUAGCCACUAACAUGGCUAGCGUAAAUCGAGUACCUUAUUCUUCGUCCCCUACCAGGGGGACACACAUAUCGUAUGGCUCCAUAUCAGAGGAAUUUAUUGUACCUGAAAAUGUGGAACUGAAAGAAGCUGUAGGUGGAGAUGGAUCCCUUGUACCAAAAGUGGAAAUGGAAAGGGUUGAAGAGGAAAAGGAGAAUCUUCACAGGGAAUUGGAGAGGAUGAUGAGAGAGAACCAGGGCCUGCAGGAAAGACAUGAACAGUAUGUGAAUGAUUAUGGCCCGGAUGGAGAGAUCGUUUAUGAAGAAAAGAAUAAGGUGCGUAAGUUGGAGCGUGAGAAGGAGGGUCUUGAAAAGCAGGUAGCACUGAUAAAUGGGUCCCUGCUCCUAGUGGAGGGUAGUAAAAAACGUCUGGAUGAGGUCGUAGAGGAUCUGCAGCAUGAGAUAGUUCACCUAAGGAAGGAGCUAGAAGAGGCUGAGAAACAAAUUAUAAUGCUAGAAAGCCAAAAGGCAAUGAUACGACCUGUAGGUAGUGCUGAAAUGGAUCAACUCCAGGGUGAAAUUGACAAUUUGAGGGAAGUUCUGUCUAAGACACAAGCUGACAAGUUGAAGCAAGAGAAAGUCAUAAAAGGUCUCAAAGAGGAACUUGAUGAUGAAAAGUCUAAGGGUCCUCAGGUUAUAAGAGAAUCCUUGGAAGACGUUGGUACAGAUCUGAAUGACAUGCGCGGUGAACUUCAUAAACUGAUGGGGGUGAUAGAGACUAAGGACCAGGCCAUCGAAACUUUGGAAGGACAACUUAAACACUCGAAAGUAGAGAUAGAAAACAGAGAAAAAGCCAUGAACCAGCUCCAAAGCCUAAUGUCACAUGUCGACGAAAAACGCAGCAUGGAAAAUGGAAGUCAUUCUCCAAGGAGGAAAUCUAGGUCGCCAGUCACAUCAUCAAAAAUCCCGAGGAAAACAGAUGAAGGUAAAAUUCCAGACGGAGAACGGACACCUCGUAGUCCUAAGCCACAUAUUAAACCUCCAGAUUCAUUUACGAAAUUAUUGUCCACGUCUGAUAAAGAUGCUAAGAGUGCGGACCCAGGUAUCUCUGUGACACCUGGGCUUUAUGGCACACAGUUUCUAGGAUCUAAACCACAACGGAGCUCCAGUACAGGACCAGGAGAUAAGGGAGGGGACCGUCUUCAGUCUCUGAUAUCCAAGUAUCGCAGCCAUAGUGAGAGUCCAUUUCCAGAGCGAAAAAUCAAACCCUUGUCAUUAUCGCCAAGCAGUAAAAUGGGACUUGUAACGAGGGGUCGCAGCUUUGGACCGGCUGCACCUAAAUCCUCCGAUGAGAUACAGCAAGAUCCUUGAAAUGGAAGUUUAAACCGAGUUCGUGACACCUGCCAUAGUUCUCAGGAAUCCGUCGAGAUCAACCAGAAACAGUAUUGAUACAUAUCCGUGUCAUUUCCAGUAUUUACCUAUGUGUUUUGGAUAGAAGGAUGUCAAUAGAUGUCUAUCAUUGUAACACCAUUCAGUUAUAUGUUUAUAAAAUUAAAGUAUGCCGGUUUCGUGAUUAAGAGAGUCUAUUAAUUGUAAUGUUGUAGUAUGCCAUUAUUCAUGUCGUAAUUGAUAUGCUGAGCGUCAAUUUACGACGGCAGUUAUGUAAAGGACAUUUCCAUAAUAUAAUGUCUAAAGUUCACCUAACCAUCAAAAUGUACAUCAAUAUCAGUAUCCGAGUUAAUGAUAUACUACAGCAUACGGUUAUCAUUAAUAAUUUACGUUAUACGCACGUGGCUAGUGUGAUAAAAAUUCUGUGAUUUCCAGUUUUAUUGUAUAUCAUUAAUUAAUCUUUGUUAUUGUAUCAUCUUUAUUAUUUAUGUUCCAACAUUGUUUUUACUGUCGUUACGUCUGUGGUUGUAUUUUGAGUUAUGAUUUGUCUGUGAUUUUCACAAACAUACGUGAUUCCAAGCACUUUCUGUGAUAUUUAAUUUUUGUAUGAAAUGUAGGGUUUCCGAAGUUUAUAUACAUCGUAGAGACUACUACCCCGUCCAGUAUACUUUAAAAUGUUCUCGUUCAAACUUAAUUAAGUGGUUUAUAAAUCAAAAUGUACCUACACAUACGUGUUUCCUAACGUGCCUUAAUUAUGCUUCUAUCAAAUCGACAUCCUGCUUUUAUCUGUUGAAUGAUGUCUUAAUAAACUAUAUAUAGAUAGUAAAAAAGGAAUUUCAUUUCCAAAUUCCGAUUCUUUUAUAAUCAUUGAAAUGUUACGAUGUGUGGUGCUUCGUUUGGUGCCAUUUGUAAUGUCUAUGUGUUAUUUAAUGGUAGUUUGAAGGUACUGAUACUCGAGGUCAAUAUCCAUCAAAUCAGUUCCUACAGUAAAAAGUGAAAAUAAAUUCAAUCAUAUCCAAUUUAUUCUUGAACGGCGAUUUGGAAAAGAUGAUACACAUAGUUCCUGUCAUACAUCCUGAAGAAUGUCUUGAUAUUGUAACAAUAUGACAUUGAACACUUCACAAAUUUACUCUAAUUUAAAUGUAUCCGUCUUUAUUUGACCAUAGUCAACUUUUUUUUAAUGUUUCUCUUUCAAAACUUUCCGUCGUUUCUGUCACAUUGAAGGUGAUUUCACAGAAUUGUUUCCAUUCCUUUCAUGUUAUAUUAAUACGUAUUUGUAUACAUAACUUGAAACAAUAUUUGUAAAAGUAUUUGCUCAGCAAUAGCAUAUUUAUGAAAUUAAAUAAUAUAUCUAAAUAUC